CAUCACUCUUCUUACACAUCAUCAAUAUGUCGCUUUUACGGCAUCUUGGCUCGACAUCACAGCGGAUACCGCUCUCAUGUCGAGCGUUAAAUGUGUCGCUGAACCAUCGCGCCGCGCAGCGACUUCCCCGAAACUUUUUGACACGUUACAAUCACCAUGAUCCACGGCAAUAUGGACGUGGUACGCCCCCUCCUCAAUAUAAUACUGGUGCACCAAAACCUCCGUCACAGGGUCAAUUAACUCAAGAUGAUAUCCGUGUUGCAGCGGAUCAAGUCUCAACGACAUAUACACAACAAGAGGCUAUCAAUAUUCUCAGUCGCCUGCCACAGGUUCAAGUCCGCUACCUAAGACCAUUUAUCUGGGCCAUUGCUGUUUCAUCAGGCAUAUAUGUCUUUCUAGCAUAUCGCGAAGCAAUAGACAGCGUCAAGCCAAAGCCGUGGUCUGCGCCACAAAUACAAUGGCGAAGACGCGAAGCGAUUCCCCCUCAAGAGUUAGUGGCGAAUUACUGGAAGAAUUUGGAUCCGAUUUCAAAGCUCAGUCAUGGUAUCAUUGCUACGAACGCUGGUGUACAUCUGACUAGCUUCCUUGUUCCAAGGUACUGGGAGAUGCUAUGGCACGCCCCGGCGUUAAAUCUCAACUAUUCCCUCUUUACAUCGACGUUUGUUCAUGGAGGACCUUUCCAUCUGUUCUUCAACAUGUGGGCAUGUUAUAAUUUCCUUCUUCCUACAGGAUACUCGAAGUUGUUUGAGGGUGACCCUUACCACACCUUGUCCUUCUUUCUUUCUACCGGCAUUCUCAGCGGAUACGCGCAGCACUUGACCACAAGGUUUCAAGAUCAAGCAAAGGUUCUCCGGUCAGGCGCUGUUCCUUCGGUCUGGAUCCGAUCCGGCGGAGCUAGCGGUGCACUUUUCGGCAUCUUCGGUGUAUUUUGCAUGCAGUAUCCCGACGCAGGCGUUGGUAUUGUGUUCAUUCCCAUAUCGAUUGCUGCCGCAAACUUCUUGCCCAUGGUCAUGGCGUUCGACCUUUAUGGUAUGGUACGCGGGUUUAGUAGCUUGAACCUGGGGCACGCCGUAAGUAGACCGGGUACUUGAUAUUCGGACCAAAAGCUAAAACGUGACAGGCGCAUCUUUCCGGGGCAUUGCUAGGUGUCGGAUACUCGUAUUUUGACGGGAAGAACCUGAUAUGGAAACCGCUUGUGCAAUACUUCAGGAAGCGGAUGCAGAACAAAUAGUCGGGGUGUCAUUGGGUUGAAUUGAUGAACAAGGUGUCAAUCUCCGGAAUGUCGUUAAGAUGGGCGCUCAUGGCAUGCUGCGCUCCUGUACAAAUAGCUCGCAAAAUAGUAAUCUAUCC